UGGCUGCGCUCGGGGUCGAAGCUUUGCCUUCUCUCUCUUCAGACUGGAGACUGCUGUUCCUGCUGCUCCUCUUGUACCCGUCACGAGGGUGCCAACGGAAGGGCGCGAGCUCCGGGAGAUCGGCACGAACUCAGUGUACAAAAUUUUCCUCAAACUUUAUCCCACAGGAAGGAAGAAAAGGAGUGAAUAUAGAAAAAAAAUAGAGAGAGAGUACAGACUUUUAGAAGGAUACAAACUCAUUUACCAUGAAGGUGAAGAUUAAGUGUUGGAAUGGUGUAGCCUCCUGGCUUUGGGUUGCCAAUGAUGAAAAUUGUGGUAUUUGUCGAAUGGCUUUUAAUGGCUGCUGCCCAGACUGUAAGGUACCUGGGGAUGACUGCCCUCUUGUGUGGGGACAGUGCUCACACUGUUUCCAUAUGCACUGCAUUCUGAAGUGGCUUAAUUCUCAGCAAGUACAGCAGCAUUGUCCCAUGUGUCGACAAGAAUGGAAGUUCAAGGAAUGACUGAUGCUUUCUGUGACGUCUAUCUUCAAACCUGUCAUGUGGUGAAGAACUCUGUAACCUUGGGCUUAUAGAUUCCCCUUCCCAUGCCACAAAAUGGGGUCAUUUUUUACACUCCUGUAGGUUUGGUCCUUUUAACAGGAACAUUGAGACCAUUCACAUCAUAGGAACGACAUGGGGAACAAAGUGGGCACACAGUCACCUUUUUUUCCUCUGUGUUUUAACCCUCUCUUCCAGCACAUAGAAGCUGGAGUAGGUUCACAGGAUUAGGCUUCUUUGAUUAUAAGAGGGUUGGAAAUAGGACUUGACUUGAUUUUGGUUUUUUCCAUUGACAGUGUUGAAACUUUCUUGAGAACUAAAAUUCAUUAAACUCUCUGAGCUUUGCUAAAGGCCUCUAGGGCACCCCAGUUCUUCACUUGAUAGGUUUAUACGCCUCUGAUGUAUCUUGAUAUGAAAAUACUCAUGAAUAAACAUUUCUGUGAAACAA